UUUUCGGGUGGUUGUGACUGUAUUCCUGGUCGGUGAUCAUCGCCUUCGUCGCAAUAGGGCCUCGGUUGGAGUCUUUCCGAUUGGUCGAGUCGGGCGUUGGGUCAUACUGACAAAAAAAAGACAAAAAAAGGAUGGCGCCUCCGAGCUCCACGAGAAUUACGGAAGACUUCCUGAAAAAGAAAACGGGAGAGUACGACCUGGAGGUGAUGCAAUGGCUUGAACUACCAAACAUGGGAAUAAGGCGCAUCGAGAACAUCAGCAGCUGCACCAACAUUCGGACGCUCACCCUAUGCGGCAAUCAGAUUCGAGAAAUCGCCGGUCUGGACGGAUUGGUAUCUCUGGAGCGUUUGGACCUCUCCUCGAACAUGAUUCGACGGAUAGGAAACCUGGAUUCCCUCACAAGCUUACAGUCGUUGGAUCUCAAGGACAACCAAAUAUCGAGCGUGGAUGAUGUCGGGAAUGUCAGCAAGCUCCCACACCUGAGGCGUUUCUUCCUUCAGGACUACAACGGCCUUAAAAGCAAUCCAGGCUUGUAG